AAAGACCCCUGCGUGCGCGCGCGCUCGCCAGCCAACCUGCCCCGCCGUGAGGGGCGCAAGGUAGGGGCAGCGCUGGCCCCGGCAUUACCUGCCUGCGUUCUCCGCUUCCAUUCUCGGAGGCCGCUGAUGCGGACGGCUCCACCUGCCAGGCACACGGGCGACCGAUCUCUGUAGUACGCGUCGUACUCACUGCGCCUGCCGACCAUGCCCGCGGGCGUGCCCAUGUCCACCUACCUGAAAAUGUUCACAGCCAGCCUCCUGGCCAUGUUCGCAGGGGCAGAAGUGGUGCACAGAUACUACCGACCGGACCUGACAAUACCUGAAAUUCCACCAAAGCCUGGAGAACUCAAAACAGAGCUUUUGGGACUGAAAGAAAGAAAACACAAACCUCAAGUUUCUCAACAGGAGGAGCUUAAAUAACUAUGCCAAGAAUUCUGUGAAUAAUAAGUCUUAAAUAUGUAUUUCUUAAUUUAUUGCAUCAAACUACUUGUCCUUAAGCACUUAGUCCAAUGCUGACUGCAAAAGGAGGUGCUCAGUGGAUGUUUAGCCGAUACGUUGAAAUUUAAUUAUGGUUUGAUUGGUAUUUCUUGAAAACUGCCAAAGCACAUAUCAUCAGACUCAUGAAUAUGGUUUGAAAGAUAGUUAGUCUUGAAUAUAAUUUGAAAUAGAAUAUUUGUAAGUCUACUAUAUGGGUUGUCUUUAUUUCAUAUAAAUUAAAAAAUUAUUUAAAACUAUGAACUAGUUUCAUUAAUUGAAUUUGCUAAGUGGAGUUAUCUCUCAUUGCUAAACUAUUUUCAACUUCUAGUUCUCUGCUAACUUCAGUAAAGGAACACCAAAGUGGUGAGCUUUGAUAAUGCAUUUUGUGGAUACAAAAUCAUCGCCUCAUCACUUUCUAGAAUGAAAGGCAGGGGGCAUUGCUCACCUUAUGCGUGAAGAAAAGACCCAUCCCUUAGGGCCAUUUUGUGCUUAAGGGGAGGACAGACCAUCACUCAGUGGACCAUGUGAAUGAAUGGAUGCAGUGGAUGCUUUAGAAGUACCGCAUACCUUCCUUUUACACGUACAGAGUAGGUGGCCUGGCUACUGAGGGAAAGAGUCAUGAUUUGAAUCUGAGUCUCCUGUAAGACAAUGAAGGUGACUUCAUGAAGGUGAAAAAUCAGUUUUAUGGUUACUAAAAUAAAAAAUUUACCUCAGGU